UAAAUGGGAGAGGGAAACAUUACCACAAUGACUGAAUUUGUUUUGCUGGGAUUCACAGAUAACCAGAAUCUGCAGGUUCUUCUCUUUGCUGUGUUCUUACUGAUUUACUUGGUGAUCCUGGUGGGCAACCUUGGCAUGAUAACAUUAAUCACAAUUGACUCCAGGCUCCACACUCCCAUGUAUUUUUUCCUGAGCAACCUGUCAAUCUUAGAUAUUGGUUACUCCACUGUCAUUGCCCCCAGGACACUGAUGACCUUUGUAGCAGAAAGCAAAACAAUUUCCUUCACUGGCUGUGCCCUGCAGUUUUUCUUCUUCUGCAUUGCUGUAUCCUGUGAGUGCUGCCUGCUGGGUGUGAUGGCAUAUGACCGCUUCAUUGCAAUCUGCAACCCACUGUUGUAUACUGCUAUCAUGUCCAGAAAGCUCUGUAAUCUGCUUGUGGCUGGUUCCUAUAUAACAGGUUGUGUGAAUGCAGCUGUUCAGACUUCGUUUAUAUUUAAUUUGUCCUUUUGUAGAUCCAACAUCAUCAACCACUUCUUCUGUGAUGUGGUCCCUAUUCUAAGGCUCUCCUGUUCAGAUACAGGAGCCAUUGACAUAAUUCACUUUACCUUCUCUACAGCAAUUGUAUCCAUAACUAUCCUGGCCAUUCUUGUCUCUUAUACAUACAUCCUAGUUGCCAUCCUUCGGAUCAACUCAGCCGAGGGCAGACGAAAAGCCUUCUCCACCUGUGCUUCCCACCUUACAGCUGUCACCAUUUUCUAUGGCACAGUUGCUUUCAUGUACUUACGACCCAGUUCUAAAUAUUCCAUGGAGCAGGACAAAAUCAUCUCUGUGUUUUACACCCUUGCAAUACCUAUGCUGAAUCCACUCAUCUACAGCCUGAGAAACAAGGAGGUCAAAGAGGCUUUCAAAAGGAUGAUUGGAGGAAAGGUUAUCUCUCAGAGACAUUAAUGUUCAGAACAAUAA